CAUUCAAGAGAUAGCAGUAUCAUUAUUAACACGUAAGCUUCCGGUUAAUUUUUUUUCGUUUUCUCAGUUUACCAUACAGAAAUCGACUCAAAUUUAACAGUAUUUUCCUAAACAUGCAGUUUAUCGCUUUCUCUUUACUCUUUCAUCUCAUUUCAAUUGCAAAGACAGACUGGCAAUCAAAAUAUGAAAAAAAAUCUGCUCCUGACAUCCUCUUUAAUGGCAUUCAAAUAGACAUUCAGUUAUCACCAUAUAAUGCUGUAGUUUUUGCUGAUAAAUCAUUUCCAAAACUUGAAUUUUGUGGCGCUGCAAUAAUAACCACUCGACAUCUUAUAUCUGCAGCUUAUUUUUUUGCACUACAACAACAUAAGAAUUUUAAAGUUAUAACAGGAUCAACAUUCGUUAAAUCUUAUGAAAAUUACAAUUUUUCGGAGCAAAGUAAUUAUCAUAGCAUCAAAAAAAUUUACAUCCAUGAGAAAUAUGACCCUUCUGAAAUUUACCACAAUAUUGCAUUAAUUGAGUUGACGAGUUUGUUACGUUUUUCAUAUAAAAUUCAUUACAUUCCUUUGAUGAAUCUUCAAGAUGUAUAUAAUAUAACGGAAAAUGAAUUUACAAUGACAAUCACGGGAUAUGGACGGGAAGAAAAUCAAUGGAUAAGCCACUUGACAGAACAAACAAUACAAAUAAAUGACAUAAGAAUUCAUAAAUUAAACGAACGUCUUCUCGUGCUUGAUAGAAAGGAGGCAAAAUUUUGCUUCGGUGAUUCAGGAAGUCCAGGGGUUAUUAAUGGAAAAUUAGCAGCAGUAAUGAUGCAUGAUGACUUCUGCAAUUUUACAGAUUUACCCCUGUUACUCACUGGAAUUCCUUAUUACUAUGAAUGGAUUAAAACUUACGUUGGUCAAGAGCGUCUUGAAAAAUAUCCACAUCUUAAUUAAUUAACAAUUUAUAUAUGUUUUAGAAAUAAGAAAAUAAUUUUAAUAUUAAAUUAAUUUCUCGAUUUUAUUAUGUAAAUUAGAAAUUAAAUAUUGCCUUGUUUCUUGUCUUAAUCUUUAACACCAAAAUUUUAAUCGACAAUUACAGUCACCUGUAGUGCGAUCUCUGACUAGUUAGUAUUUUUAUUUUCAAUUUUUUAUACCAAAUUUGAUGAUAUUCUUUCACUGGCCAAACUGUUACAAAUAAUUAAAUAAUAAUGUGAAUCAAUAAAGAGAGAACCAACA